AGAGAGAGAGAGAGAGAGAGAGAGAGAGAGAGAGAGAGAAAAGCUACAUCGCUGCUGAUCGUCAGAAUGCGUGUGCCACGGACACCGCCGCUACCUGUGCUGCUCGUCGUUGCCAUGACAUUAUGUGGGCUUCGCAGCGUCUCCAGUCAGCAGAGUGCCGACCCAGCGUGCAACUCAAAGUAUAUCCAGGCCGAUGGCAGCGUUAACGUUACCGACAUCCUGGAGAAUAUUCUGAAGCAGUAUGACAAGCGACUACGACCGAAUUAUGGAGGCGAGGGAGUGCAGGUUAACGUCAGCAUGCACGUACUGUAUAUCGGCAGCAUGUCGGAAGUUGGAAUGGACUUCACCUCAGACUUCUACUUCAGACAGUUCUGGUUCGACACGAGACUGUCAUAUGCCUCGUGCAGACCUGAAGAUCAUAGCAAGCUUCCGGAGUUUCUCACGGUCGGAGCCAACAUGCUGCAACACAUCUGGGUGCCUGACACCUUCUUCGUUAACGAGAAGAAAGCUUCGUUUCACGACGCGACGACGAAGAACACGUUUCUGCGCAUCCGGUGGGACGGACAGGUGAAAGUCAGUCUCAGAUGCACGGUUAGUAAAGGAAAACCCCACGCCGGGAAACCGUCCGCCACUGCUGCGACGGUGGUUUACGGCUAUAGUGCUAAGGAUAUUAGUUAUGGCUGGGGCGAGGACAAACCAGUUGCCAUACCAAAGGAGGUGAAACAUCUGCCACAGUUUGAAAUUAUAAAAGUCGAAAAGACUUCCGUAUAUGCUAACACGUCAACAGGUACAUAUUCUCGCCUAAAGGUCUUCCUGACAUUCACUCGCCGCAUCGAGUAUUACCUGCUCCAGAUUUACCUGCCGGCGAAUCUGAUCGUUGUCAUCUCGUGGGUGUCCUUCUGGCUGGACAGAGGGUCGGCUCCGGCCCGUGUCGCACUCGGUGUGACGACAGUUCUAACGAUGACCACCCUCAUAUCGAACACCAACUCGCAGUUGCCGAAGGAAGGAAAGUUUUCCGUCCAGUCUAAAGUCGUGCAUCAGCCCGGGUGUCCGGGGCACGGCCACCCGCCUGUUAACAAUUCCGUGAACCAGCGCCACGUAGCGGUACCGAACGCAAACGCUCACCAGGACUUGCAUCCGGUCGACAUUGAGCUAGGCGACAUCACACCCUACCAGCACGGGCGCGACUACUGCUGCUGCGGACGUCUGUCGCGCUCUCGGAGCGUGACGGCGAGCGACAUCGAUAAAUACAGUCGCUUCCUCUUCCCGCUGAUCUACACGAUAUUCAACGCUCUCUUCUGGACCGUGCAGCUACAGAAGGCGGCCGCCGUGCUGGAGAAACAUGACGGACCGAGCGAAGACACGGAGAGUUGAGUGUUUUCGUGCGCCGCCAAGCGUUUUUACGUUCGGUGCGAAUGUUAUCUCGUAUGUCGUAUAUAUACCGUGUGUUAAAGUAU